UGGUCCUUUCCUAAUGUUUAUAAAUAAAUAAAGUAAUAAAAUGGAUACUUCUCGCUUGUGUCGGAGCUGUAUGAAAGAAGUGGCCUCGUGGGAACUUGAAAAUUUUGACCAGCGGGCCGUCUUCAUGUUCACACAUUGCACGAACAUCCAGAUACCAGAAAAUGACAUACUACCUAGGCAAUUCUGCUAUGAUUGUACAAUAAAAAUAGAAUCAUCAUUCACAUUUAUAAAAGAGGCUCAACAUGUCAACGAGACUCUCACAAACCUGUUGACUCAACGGACUGUUAUAGUGGAGCCAAUAAAGCGUUCAGAACAGAAAGAUGUACCAGAUGAUGAAGUUUCUACAUUUGAACCUGAAGACACAGUAACCGAUGAGCCUCCAGACACAAUAGAAGCCGUAGAAACACAAGAAAAAACAGAGACAGUGUCAAAUCAGAAGCAUGUCUGUGCAGUUUGUAAGAAAAUGUUCCUGUCUAAGGUCUGGUUUGAGAAGCAUAUGAGGAAUCAGCACAAUGGAAAGGUCUAUAGCUGUCCACAAUGCCCUAAGACAUUCCAGCGUCCGUCCCAGCUCUCCGUCCACGCCGUGACACACUCCACUGAGCGGCGGUAUGCUUGCUCCUGCGGCAAGCGCUAUAAAAGGCGGAAGGAACUCUCGCAACAUGCCCGCACUCACGCAGAAGUGCGCCCGUACCAGUGUGACCAUUGUAAUAUGAGUUUUAAGUUGAAGAGUGUUUUGAAGAGCCACCUAAUAGUCCACAAACCUGACAAGCCCCAUCUCUGCUACAUCUGCGGCUGGAGUUUCAAACAAGCGGGCAACCUGGCCGUGCACAUGCGUAUCCACACGGGCGCCAAGCCCCACGCGUGCGCGUGCGGCUUCCGCGCCGCCUGCGCGUCCAGCCUGCGGAGACACGAAGCACGCCACCGCGCGCGCGCGCUGCGCUGCCGCCAGUGCGACAAGCGGUUCUUCGACACUACAGCUCUGACUAGACACAUGCGCUCGCACACUGGCGCUCGUCCGUACCAGUGCCCCGCCUGCGCGCGCUCCUUCGCCGACAGCUGGAAACGCAAGCUGCAUCUCAUGCGCACGCAUAGAGUGCCGCUCGCACGCAUACCGCGCAUGCGCGCUGAUCCGCGCGUGGCUGCGUAAACACACACACUCGCAGCAGCUGCACCUCAUGCGCACAGAGUGCCGCUGGCACGCAUACCGCGUAUGCGCGCCGACCCGCGCGUGACUGCGUGAUGCGUGAAAACACACACAUACACGUGUGACGUUCACAGACAGCUGGAAUCGCAAGCUGCACGGGUUGCGCCUUAUUUUACAGUCACCGGCAUAAAUAAGUGAUAAUUUCUGUACCUUGUCGCUUUUAAUCGUUUGACUGUUUCGUAUAACAUUUCAAACAAGACGUUAAAGUGACAAGGUACAGAAAUCAUCAGUUAUACCGGUGACUGUACACACAGGGUGCCGCUCGCACGCAUACCGCGCUUGAGGGCCGAUGGCUGCGUGAACACACAUAAAAGGAUAAUCAAUGUCGUAACUCGUAAGUUUAUCGAAACUACUCUACGUAGUAUUUGAGUUACCUACUAAAUAUUUAGCCAUUAAGGUAGUAAAGUAUACAGAAAUCAAUUUCCUCUACUUCUUUUAUGUGACCUGGUAUGGUAUAGGUAUGUAAAUACUAUUUAUUAAAUACUUUAAUGUUUAUUCUGAGAGCACCAAAAUAAAUUGUAUAUAUAAAAUUGAACUUUUUUAUAAAUUUUAGCUCACUUUAAUUACUUAUUCAGACCUAUUUCAUAGAUUUCUUUAUCUACUAUAACUUUUUGCGUGUAGAUGUAAAUAAACAAAAGUCAA